GGUGCUGGGAGGAGGACGUGUGCACAAUCCUCCUUGCACCACGAGAGGCGCCGGUGUCUCUAGUGGUGGCGCCCGCUUCUACGGAGAUUGCAGCUUCUGUCUGAUUGUUUUUCCUUUCCUCCUCCAUCCCUUCCACAUCUCACAGCUUAGGGUAGAGACUCAUGUUUGGGGGAGCCUGACCAAUCUCACUCCCUUACAGCGGAACUUCCCACCUGAGGAUUGUGGAGACCAGCUAGGUUGAAAUGGAGAACCAAGAAUCAACAGAUUCUUCUCAGAACGCCAAACAGCACAUUAUUUCAGAGGAGUUGAUUUCGGAAGGAAAAUGGAUCAAAUUUGAAAAAACAACUUACAUGGAUCCUACUGGUAAAACUAGAACUUGGGAAACAGUGAAACUCACAACCAGGAAGGGAAAAUCUGCUGACGCCGUGUCAAUCAUCCCAGUGCUGCAAAGAACUCUUCAUUAUGAGUGUAUUGUUCUGGUGAAGCAGUUCCGACCCCCAAUGGGUGGCUACUGCCUGGAAUUUCCAGCAGGGCUCAUCGACGAUGGGGAAAGCCCAGAAGCAGCUGCUCUGCGGGAGCUAGAGGAAGAAACUGGCUACAAAGGCGAUGUUGCUGAAUGUUCUCCAGCUGUGUGCAUGAAUCCAGGCUUGUCAAACUGUACCACACAUGUUGUGACAGUGACCAUCAAUGGAGAUGAUGCUGCAAAUGUAAGGCCGAAGCCCAAUCCAGGGGAUGGAGAAUUUGUGGAAGUGAUUUCUUUACCAAAGAAUGACCUCCUGACUAGACUGGACGCUUUGGUAGCAGAAGAACAUCUUACAGUGGAUGCCAGGGUCUACGCCUAUGCUCUGGCACUGAAACACGCGAACUCGAAGCCAUUCGAAGUGCCCUUCCUCAAAUUUUAAGGCCAAGAAGGACACUGGCCAUGUUUUGUAAAUGAGACCAUAAGGCCUUCAUCAUUCAAUGUAUUCAAUUAAGUUUAAUGUAGAUCGGAAAUCAGCUUUUUCAUAAAAUAAAAGCAGCCCCGACUGCAUGUGGCAUGGAAUUAUAAUACAGAGAGGAUGUAACCUUCAUUUAAACUUGUCAAAUGCGUAUGAGAAAGAACAUAAAUGUAGGUAUGUAUGUUAAGAUUUCUUCAACUUCACCUAGUCUAGAAGGUGAGGGUAUUUCUCAGGAAUAGACUUGAGCUGCAAAUUAGGUUGGCUAUUUCCAUCCUCAACUCCUAAAAUAAAAAUUAUGUACUUAGGUCUGCAAAUAGCUACUUAUUAGAUUCAUAAUAAGAUUUUGAUUAGAUUUCAAAAGAAGAGGGUUAGGUUUCGUUUUGAGACAAGUUCUCAUUCUAGCUCUCACUGGCCUGAUACUUGCUUUGUAGACCAGUCUGCCUCUAACUCCUAGAGGUCCUCUGCCUGUCUCUGCCUCUCCAUUGCUAGGAUUGAAGGUAUGCACCACCACACCUGGCCAAAAUAAGUUUUAAAAGACUCUGAUAGGAAAUUAAUUGGUUUCUCCUAAUUCUAUUUGCCUUAUGGAAUUUGGGUACUUUAAAUGUAAAGUCAACAGAGAAUAACAUUUGCAGUAAAUAUUUAGCUACUUGUGGUACAUGCUUGUAAUCCACCUUCUUGGGAGGCUGAGGCAAGAUCAUAAAUGUGGCCAGCCUGGGCUGCAUAAUGAAACUUUAUCUCAAAAAUAACUUUUAAAAUGUAGUUGAUAUCCUUGUAAGGCCAUUUAGUUCCUAAAACAUGCCAAGACUAAUGCUUCCGUAGUGAACGUGGUUAACUCUUAAUAUAUUAAAGGCUAAAGCUAAGAGACUGAAAACUCAGGGCCCUUCCUGCAAGUGUGCAUAUACUUUAAUUUCCUAUCCUUACCUCAGAAAAUUGUCUACUAAAGCUAAAUCCAUAGGAAGAUUGGCAUUGACUCCACAUGUAUAUUGAUGUCAACGGGCAUGGGUAUAGGGAGAUACAUUAGCCAGCUAUCUGAAAGGUAAAACUAUACUGGGAAUGCAACAAUGGUUUCCAUCGAGUGCAUGGAAAACUCAUCAGCCAACAGUUCUGCCAGUGUCCUUGUUCUGAUGAGCUCAGCUAUUGUGUUGACUACUGUAGCUCAAGGAUUGCUGUCUUGCAGCUCAGCCUCUAGCAGCAUUCUCAGCAUGAUGCUUGUUGACCAGCUCAGUAUGUUUGCAGCUGGAUCCAGGGUCAAGGCAAACUCUCUGAACCUUACAAAGUGGUUUACCCAUGUACAGUCAGGAUCCAUGCUAAGUGUUAUCACCAACAGGUAUUUUUAUGUAAAAGUAUAAGCUCUUUCUACAAACCUUUAUAUUGGACUUGAGGAUGGAAAUAAUUCUGGAAUUUUAUAAACCAAAUCUGCUUUCCUAAUGAAUGUGAAAAUUAAGACCCACCUUUCUAUACAACAGUAGCCUUUCCUAUGAUUUUAACACUUUAAAAAAAAACAAACUUGUUUUCUAAUCAUAAGCAUGAUAUUUCUCCAAAGAUACUAGUUUUUCCCAUGAGUUCCCCAGGAUCUUUCUUUCCCCCAUGUUGCUUCCAUCCUCUGAAAUGAAGAAACAGGCUCCAUACAUUCAUCCUCUCCAUGGGGCAACUCUAGAGCCAGGUGCAAUGGGAGUGGUCUUUGGUAUUGGCCAGGACACAACAUUUGUCCCAUUCUCCCUGACCUUUGUGUCUCUUUCCAUUUGUCCCAUUCUCCCUGGCCUUUGCGUCUCCUUGUUCUAGGAGUGCAACUGGGCAAGAACACGUACCUCCUAGACUUGUCCUUAGUGUCAUUUGUAUCACCUGUGCACCUCAGAAGGGCCUGUUGGAGGUGAAGUCAGACUCAAGAGGGCUGGCCAUCUGGCAUCUUCACUGGAUUUUUGGCUACAUUUCUAAGGAAGCUUCCCUUUUGCAUUCCUCUGUAAACACACAAAAUGGGUCCUAAUGCCCCGGGGUGUUUCCAGUGCCUGACUUCACUCACCUCCAUAGUUAUCUGACUUCAUGAUCCAAGUUAAGUCAGUACUACCUCCCAUUCCUACUAAGGAAAUCAAUGAUUGAAAACUGUACUUCUGAAAAUAACUUAAAAAUUAAAUUUGAUAAUUUUUUUGAAAAAUAAAGUAUGCACUCUAAAAAUGCUAGAGUAUGUUUUAAAACACUUUGCCUGUCCCUUUCUAAAUAUGCAUGAGCACCCUUCAACUGCCACUGCCCUUCAGGAAUUUACAACUGAAUUAUGACUACAUCUAACUUCUUUAAGCAUAUCUGGAUGGUUUCCAUAGAAAUACAAUGAGCUUACAAAAUUAAUCUUAAGAGAACAUUUAAUACCGCAUCUCUUUAUUUUUCCAACACAACCGCAACAGUUUUAUUAAAUAAAACUUUAUUGUCUACUGUU